AUGGGACAAGGACAGAGUUUUGCUGGAAAUUUCAUGCCUUCGACUAUGACGCCACCAGGACUCGGUUCGCUUUCAGGUGCUCCGUUGAAUGCCACUCAAAUGAUGGAGCAAUUGAACACCUCUUCACCUGCUGGAGAACAGCCGUCUGUCAAGAGUGCUUUCGAAUUGCUAGGUCGAACCCCUGUGACAGCACCUCCUGUGCAACAAGACUCAAACGAAGUUAUGCUUCGGGCCUUGGCUGCUGCCCUAUCCGGAGACAAGAAGAGUUUGCCUCAGUGGAACGGCAACGUUGAGAGCCUGAGGCCAUGGUUGAGGAGCUUGUCAUUGUGGGAGUUGGACAACCACCUGCCGAAGCAACGUUGGGGUUUGAAACUACUUCAAUCCUUUCCUGAAGGGAGUGUGCCUCGCAAGGUGGCAGAAGCUCUCGACUUGACUGUGCUGUCUUCAGACCACGGAUACAGUGCAAUCUUGUCUGCAAUAUUGACCAAGUACGGUCCCUACUUGGAGGCCGCUGGACCCGCUGCUGUGGAGAACUUUUUCUACGGUAGCGAAAGAAACAGAUCUGAAAGUUUGGCCACCUACAUUGCAGCCAAGGAGAUUGCCCUCGCUGAGCUGGAGAGUCAAGUUGGUGAGAAGGUACCUCCAAGGAUUGCUGGAAGAAUACUCCUACGUCACGCCAAUUUGAGCGAGACCCAGAAGGAAGCUCUGGCAAUCAAAUACAAUUCACUUCUGCCGUUUGAACAAAUGGCCGCUGCCCUACGACCUUUGGAUCGGCCGGAGGCCUUAGUGCAUCGGGUGGCCAAGACCUUUUUGGCCGCCGGUUCAAAAGAUGACGAAGAGGCUGCCGAAGAAGUCGACUAUGAGGAUGAAGAGUUGGUCCCAGAUGAAGACUGGGAAGAAGGCCCAGAAAGUGAUGGAGAAGGUGGAAUGAACUAUUUGCUGUUCGACACCCACCAAGAGUACACAGAAGAAGAGGCCAACUACAUUUGGGCUUACAAUAGUGCCUACAAGGACAUCCGGAAGGAGUUGCAAGCCAGGAGAAAAGGUCGACAGUUCUACAAACCCAAAGGCCGCUCUGUAGCCAAGGGCUCUGGCAAGAAGGGCAAGCACAAAACUGGACAAAAUGCUGACGAUGCUGCCCAGAUUGCCCAGUAUAACCGGCACCUUGACCAGUCGUGCAUUGAGCAGUCGUGCAUUGAGCAGUCGUGCAUUGAGCAAUCGUGCAUUGACAAGUCACGCGUUGAGCAGUCGAACAUUGUACAACAGUCGAGCAUUGAGCAACAUAGCAUUGUGCAACCGUCGAGCAUUGAGCAACGGAACAUUGAGCAACAGUGCAUUGGUCGAGCAGAAUGUUGGAUGGGUGCUGCACCCCCAGAGGUGAACUCUGUGCUGGUGAAUGUAUCCUCUGAGGUGCAAAAGUGUGUGCAAAUCUUUGCUGGAGUUAAGACUGAAGGAACAGAAGCCAUUGUGGACACCGCUGCUGAAGAAGGAGUCAUUGGUAGCAAUGCCAUGCGAAGACUUCGAGAAGCACUUUCACGCUUCAAGCUGCAGCCGGUGGAGGCAUCUGGCUCAACAGUUUCUUGUGCCGGCAUUGGUGGAAGCGCACGCAUUGUUGGGAUUUUUGAUAUCCCGAUUGGUGUGGCUCGCUGCAACUCACUUAUUCGAGUGACCGAAAUAGCUGAUGAAGGGAAUUUUGAGACCCCGUUCUUGCUGCCCAUUUCGUACAUUGAGUUGGUUGGUGGAGUUGUUGAUACAGGUCGAAACAUCUUCACCUUGAAGAAUGGCCGUAGGACCCCAAUGAGGCGCACACCUUCCGGCCAUCGAGCCAUCUCUGUUGUCGAAUUUUCUGGACAGUGGAAACUCCCUCCACAGCUGGCAGAUGAACUCGGUGCAAAGGAUCGCAACCCGUUUCACAUGGACAUUGCUGGAGAGCGAAAUCGUGUUCAGCAGCGCCCAGGGGUUGCAGUAUGGGUCAAAGAAGGUCAAGUGGUCACCUUUGUAGGCACAUUGCCAGGCCCUCGUGAUACAUUGGUACAUCCUUCAGAGUGUCUCUCCCCAGCCGAGUUGCCUCACAUUUCUGGCCGCAGAGCCACUGCAACCGCCAGCCACCGCACUGCACCAGAGGUGGGAGACUUGGAGAAGGAGCUGUGUUUUCAGAGUUUGCAAGGUGACGGUGCAUUGUCUAGCUCACAGAGGAAGUCAAAGUGCAGACUUUCGCAUCCAGACAUGCUCAACCGCCUGGCAGCAUGGCGCAGUCAGGAAGAUCAAGACGAACCCAAUCCGCAUCGGAAGAUGGGAUCCAAGCGCCUGAUGGAAGCUUGGCGCAGGAUGGGAUUGAUGAUUUUGAAUCUCAUCGUGACCUCCACCCAAAGGUCAGCCAUGGAGUACCUCAUGCAGCGCAACACCAUUCAGCCCAAGUCAGUCGAGGCUGUGAAGGAGAAGCCCAAGAGCUCCAAGAAGAUCGGCGAUGGAAAGAUUCGCCGUGGCAUCGGGCAGGAGUUGAAACGGUCAAGCGCCUGCAAGACCUGGCGUUUCGAGCCCCAAGAUUGCGCCCACGAAGAAGAUCAGCUCAGGCAGCGAGCAGGCCGUGGUCAGCAUUGGUGGACCUGCCUGGCAUGUGGGUCACGAUGGGAGCGCUUGGAAUGGGCCGAAGACAAGGCUUUCAACACGGGAGCCCAAUCAUCCACGGAUCCACCACCGACAACUCUCGAAGUGUUCAAGCCCUCCAAGGUGGCUUACCCGAAGACGCUCCCGGCCCCCAGGCACUCCCAGGGCAUUCCAGCCCUCCAGCUGGAGGAGAUCAUCGAAUCGCCAGCCAAGCACUCCAGCCAGAAGCCAUCCAAGCAGAACCAAGGCCGCAUUCCAGCGGACUACCAGACAGCCGACGAGCGCUUGGACGGAAUGCUGAAGAGUCACAUGGGCCCAAAGGAAGCCAUGAAUGCAGCGCUCAUGAACCAGUGGCCGACUCCUCGUGGUGCAACACGCCGCACUCCCUCAAGCGGUGUUCGCGAGAUCCAAGAGAUGCAGAGGCCUCGAACACCAAGGAUCUCGGACAGGGUGGAAGUUCAUGCCAUCCAUUCGUCGGACGAGGAAGUGAAGUCGAGUGGGGUCAGCUCCUUUUCAGUUGGAGAGGUGUACUCACCGCCCCGAGUCACCAAGGAAGCGACAAAACAAGGCCUUCGAGCCAAACUCGCCCUGGACCUCACGACGGGCUGGAACUUUGAUCUGCCAGAACACCGGAGCACAGAGGAUUUGUGCUCGAGCAGCCUGCCACUCAGUGCCUCCUCAUGGCAACUGGACGAAAUGAACCGGUUACUCCAGGAGCCUGGAGUAUACCAGAUCCUCCUCGACAUGUGCCGCUUUGGACUACGUGCCACCAGUGGGCCAUACAAAGACCAAUUGGUGAAGAAGCCGACCAUGCUGGUCACCAACAUUGCAGAGAUGGCCGCCCAUGUCAGCCGUCUCUGUGACAAAGGCCAUGAACACGGUCAACUCAUUGGUGGAGCAGCCAGUGGGGCUGCCAUCUACACGCCCGCCUUUGUGAAGGCGAUUCUGAGAGGAAUCAAAGCAGCUCUUGGAAUCAAGGCAGACACCAAUGGCCUACCGCCGGAGGCAGUUCAAAAGGGCAAGGCAAUGGGCCAAGCCGCCUACUUGUAUGCCAAAGACCAAGUGGAGUUGGAGGAGGAAUUUCAGCGGUCGUAUGCAACCUCAUCCUAUCCGACCGAAUUUGGACCAUUGGAGGAGGACCAAAUGAACGAAUACGAGCCGACGGAGGUGGACCCAUCAGAUGAACCAAGGGCUCAAAUGCCUGAACCUCCGGAGCAUGAUGCUGUAGAGGAUGUAAGAAGAGAGCUGAGGCGGCUGGAAGAGCAGCCAAGGAUCGCCAAGGCUCUGGAGAAGGUUGACGACUUCUCCAAAACAGAUGAUGGGCAAUUUGCACUGGCCCCAGCGCUGCGCCGAGAGGUGCACAGGCUCCACCGAAAUUUGGGACAUCCAGCUCCUGAGUUGUUCCUACGAGCCCUGAAGAAUUCUGGAGUGCGAUCAGAAAUCCUUCGUUGGACCAAGGACCACUUCAGAUGCGCCACAUGCGCCAGUCGAGCCAAGCCCAGUCCCGCAAGGCCAGGCCAUUUGAUGAGGUCCCUCGAAUUCAACCAAGUCGUGGGAGUCGACCUUUGUUUCCUACCCAUCUUUGGGCGAGAGUACAUUUUGCUCCAUGCCUUAUGCUGGGGAACCAACUACCAGCAGGCAAGCCUGUGCCAGAACAAGUCAGCCGAUGAAGUUCUGCGGACGUUGAUGGACAUGUGGGUCAAGGUUUUCGGCCCGCCUGAGCUGCUGGUCAUGGACAGAGGCAAGGAAUUCUUCAAUGAGAAGUUCCAUGCAAUGCUAGGAGGCCAAGGCUGUGGGCUGCAUUACAUUGAUGCAGAAAGUCCAUGGCAAAACAGCCGCACAGAACGCGCAGGAGGAAUCCUGAAGGAGAAGAUUUUGGCAACAGCCCAUGAAGUGUCUGCAACCCCAGAAGAGCUUCACCUAGUGAUUGCUGAAGCUGUGUCGGCGCGGAACAGGUUCAUGAACAGAUUCGGUUUCUCUCCCAUGCAAAGAGUUUUUGGCAAGAACCUCCGCAUCCCCGGUUCGAUGUUGACCUCCGACUCCAUGGACCAAGAACUCCUGCAAGCAUCAGUCACUGAACCGGUGCGAAGACUGUGGGAGAUUCAAGACAUCGCCACCAAGGAGUGGGACGAUUGUGGAAAGCCAGCCGAGAGCAAAUCAGGCUUGCACAUCCUGAAGAAGAGCUGGGAGCCGAGCUAG